UGAAGGCGUAAUAGUUGAUUGGCUCGGGACGUACAUAACGGCGUCGAAAUUUCUCUAACUGCUUGAAGUUGUUUCACCUUAACGGCGAAAAUGUUCACCGCACAAGAAGCUUCUCCGGCUGCAUCCAGUAAAGCUGGGCAAGGCACCAAGUCUGCAGCCCCCGGCCCAUUCAAGCGAGACGACGCGCCAUCGUUCCUGACAAGGAUUAAGAACGACAUCGCGGACAUCUUCGCCGACCCAGCUCCGGGAAUAUUCAUCGAGCCGGAUGAGAACGACGUGAGCAGAAUCCACGCCCUCGUGGUUGGUCCAUCCGGAACGCCGUACGAGGGGGGCUUUUUCGAGUUCCUGAUAAAGUGCCCACCAGAGUAUCCUUAUCAGCCGCCAACUGUGAAAUUCCUUACCACAGGCUCUGGAAAGGUGCGGUUCAACCCAAACCUUAAUAAGAACGGCUCUAUUUGUCUCAACAUCCUUGGCACAGGCUGGAGCCCUGCGCAGUGCAUAGCAAGCGUGCUCAUUUCCAUCCAGUCGCUCUUGAACGAAGACCCCAUCUAUAACGAGCCCGGAAUCGGGAAAGGAGAAAUGCACUGCCUCUCCUGCAGUUACAAUGCCGUUGUAGAGUACGAGACGAUCAGAGUAGCCGUGUGCGACAAUGUUGAGGCAUGCCUCCAGGGUACUUCUUCCUUACCGUCGACCUUGAGGGACAUCGUUGUGAAAAAAUUUACCGAGUUUUACGACCAUUACGAGGCAGUACUGAAACCUAAACUCCACUUGUCGGGUAAAAAAAUGGACGACUGGUACUACAAUCACACUGGCACUUUCGAAUACGCUGAACUGCUUACGCGACUGAAGAAUCUGAAGCAGAAAGUGGAGAAUCUGCAGGAUUAGUGACGGACAUGUGCGAAUGCUAUGCUGUCGUCCGGAACCCAACUGGCCACGAAGAACGCUUCCUAAAUUCCGAGCGGUCACGACUACAAGGCACCUUCGCAGUGAGUGGAGGACAGAUGUUUCCUGGUUUAAUUAAACAUGGAGCAAAUUGAA